GACACUAGCUUGUCGAUUUCGAUAUUAUUUAUGUUUAUUUAUUUUACACUAAUGUUUGGCAAAGUUCGUGAAACCAUAUUUUAUGGGGUCGUUGAUCUUCUCGACUCCAUAUCGUUGGAAAGCGUAAAUUUAUAUGAUAAAAUUAUUGACAAUUUGAUAACAACAUUACGGUUACAAUUCUCUAAACCAAAAUGCGGCGAUAAAUUCAUGGUAUGAUUUUAUUUUAAAAUAAAGAAACAAAUUCUAAAUUUUAAGUGGUACAUAUUUCUUAUACAAUGGAAAAUCCGGAAACGGGAAUAGAAGAUCCAAAAGUAGCUGAAGGUAAAGAGGCAGCCAAAGAAGCGGUUGAAGGUGAGCAGGUAGCAGGAGAACACGUGGCGGGCGAACACGGGGAAGGAGAACAAGUCGAGGGUGAACAGAUCGAGGGCGAGCAGAUCGAGGGCGAGCAUAUCGAGGGCGAGCAUAUCGAGGGCGAGCAUGUCGAGGGCGAGCAAGUCGAGGGCGAGCAUGUCGAGGGCGAGCAUGUCGAAGGCGAAGAAAAGGAUAAGCCAUUAGCAGAAGGGGAAGAAUUAACCGGCGAAGAAGUUCCGGAUUUAGAAAAUAUCGAAGCCGAACAAACUGAAGAAGCAAAACCCGAAGAGCCUCCAGUAGAGGAAGAGGAACAAUAUGUGGAGGAACCUCCGCCCGAUCCGGCAGCACCGUACAACCUAACCGAUUCGCAAGAAGCACUGAAGCCUAAGUUUGAGUUGCGGCCUGACCAGUUGGCCGAAGUGGAACAACUAUGGGCGCUUUAUCAAGACUACACACCUGCUUAUGCCGAUCUCGACAAUUUUAUAACUGAAAAGGAACUCGUCUACAUGUUAAAAUGCCUCAUUCUUUUGCCCGUAACUCCUGAACAGCUCCAGGAGCUUAUAGAAUUCUGCGUUAGACCUCCUCAUCCUGAAGGUCACAUUAACUUUGAUCAGUUCGUUAAAAUUGUAACUCUUAGGCAACGGAAUAUUGUUAUCGAAGAAGAAUUGCGAUGUGCUUUAAAAGUUUUCGAUAGGGAUAACACUGGGGAAAUUAGUAGAGAAGAGUUAAGAGAAGUACUUGCCACACAAGGUCAUAAAUUGCCACAAAAAUUAUUGGAAAAUCUAAUAAAAGAAGUGGAUAUGAGCAAUGAUGGUACUCUUGGUCUUGAAGACAUUGUAGGCACGAUGUGUAUUGACUUAAAUACGGACGAUUUAGCAAUGUUAAGAAAUAUGGUUUACGGUUCCGGAGAACGGCCCGACAUCACCGACGAAGAUUAAUACAUGAAUCAUA